AUGUCAAGUAGGUGGCUGGUUUUAGCUUCUUUAUCAUCCAUAUCUCUGCUUCUCUACUUCCUCUUCCUCUUGUUCACUCUUCAAAUCAAAUCCCCUUUGCUAUUACUGUCACCCAAUAACAAUCCCAUCUUGCUCGACAACACGCCCCGACCUCAAACUCAAUUCAGCCUCCUAAUCGGAAUUCUAACUCGACCUGACUUGUACGACCGGCGCCAUUUCCUACGACUAAUCUAUGGAAUCCAAUCAUCUCCUAUUGCUGAAAUCCACAUUAAGUUUGUAUUUUGUAACUUGACGAAGAACGGACAACGGAUUCUCAUAGCUUUAGAAAUACUCCGCUUCAAUGACAUUAUCAUACUCAACUGCACCGAGAACAUGAACUCUGGUAAGACAUACACAUACUUCUCUUCUCUCACUCAAAUUCUGCCACGGAGUUAUGAUUAUGUGAUGAAAGCUGAUGAUGACGUGUUCAUAAGAUUAAUACCAUUAGCAUCAUCGUUGGCGCCUUUGCCUAGAACCGACAUGUAUUACGGGUUUGUUAUUCCUUGUACUAGUCAGAACCCAUUUGUCGAGUAUAUGUCAGGAAUGGGAUUUGUAUUGUCAUGGGACCUCGUCCAAUGGAUUACAGAAUCCAGCAUUCCUGCUAAUCACACCUAUGGCCCUGAAGAUAAGACGCUGGGGAAAUGGUUGAAGAUGGGGAACAAGGCAAAGAAUCGAUUUUCAAAUAAACCUGCUAUGUAUGAUUAUCCUGGAACUAAUGGGAAAUGUUCGCAUGAGCUUAUAUCAGACACUAUAGCUGUUCAUAGGCUCAAGAGAUGGGAUCAAUGGUUGAAUGUUUUAACCUUUUUCAAUGUUACUGAAACUCUUAAACCUUCAUAUAUGUACCAUCUUUGA